UGCUGGGAUGGCGCUUCCUGGGCCAGGCGCGGCGGCGGCGGCGGGCGGCCCCAGCCGGUGCCGAGGGGCGGCGGGAGCAGCGGCAGCCGCCCGGCGGGCCUCCCCCUCCGCCUAGCCCGGCAUGUCCCGCGGCGGCCGGCGCUGAGCGAGGCGAGCUCCGUCCUUCCCUCCUUCCCUCCCUCCCUCCUUCCCGUCCCGCCGGCGCUGCCCGCCCUGCCCGGGUGGGAAGAUGGACCCCGGCCCCUGUCCGGGCUUCAGCCUGAAGGACGUCAAGUGGAGCGCGGUGGCCGUGCCCCUGGACCUGCUCGUCAGCACCUACCGCCUCCCGCAGCUCGCCCGGCUGGACAGCGGAUGGUAUGUCCAGAGCUCACUGGGAAUGGAAUGAAGAAGUGUUCAGCCUCCGUGAACUGGAAAAUCUCCUUGAAGUAUGAGUCCGCCUUUCAAGAACAAUUGCUUUGAAACUUUAUUGGCCUCUUUCCUGAGGAGAAAGACCGUGCGUGCCCAAAACUGACCUGAGAGUACAAGUGGAGAAAGGAGAAACUGUAGAAGGCCUUCGAGAGAGUGAUUACCUUCUGAUUCAUUCAUGUCGGCAGUGGACAACAAUUACAGCUCACAGUCUGGAGGAGGGCCACUACGUCAUAGGGCCAAAGAUAGAAAUCCCUGUACAUUAUGCAGUGACACGUUAAUACAUGCUGUGAACAUACGCCAAAAUCUUCAUUCUUAAAAGCUGCCUUCAUUCAUCUCGAGCUGCUAUUGAGAGCUUCCUUGACUUCGUAUAUAAAUUGCACAACCCUGAAUCUGUGUUAUCUUAUACUGGAAACCAGACAAACGAUUCUGACAGACUCGACAGCGUUUAUACAGUGAUUGAAAAGAUGGCUUACCACAUGCAGAAUACAGGUGGCGAAGCACCUUCUGCUUUUCAGCUGAGGUGAUGAAGUAAAUGUGGCUGCUGAUUGUAAAUAAAAACGUUGGAAAUGUUUGCUGGCAGUUUAAGUUGCUGGAACAAGACCGAGAUAUUAAGGAGCCAGUGCAGUAUUUUAACAGUGUGGAGGAGGUGGCUAAAGCAUUUCCUGAACGAGUUUACGUCAUGGAGGAAAUAACAUUCAACGUUAAGGUGGCUUCAGGUGAAUGCAAUGAAGACACUGAAGUUUACAACAUUACCCUUAGUACUGGGGAUGAGCUGACUUUAAUGGGGCAAGCAGAAAUCCUUUAUGCAAAAUCUUCUAAGGAGAAGUCCCGACUCAACACCAUCUUCAAAAAAAUUGGGAAACUUAAUUCAAUUAGCAAGCUCGGCAGAGGCAAAAUGCCCUGCCUCAUCUGCAUGAACCACAGGACCAAUGAAAGCAUCAGUCUCCCGUUCCAGUGUAAGGGCAAGUUCAGCACCCGCAGCCCGCUGGAGGUGCAGAUGCAAGAAGGUGAGCACACAAUUCGCAAUAUAGUGGAAAAAACCAGGCUGCCUGUUAACGUGACUGUGCCGAGUCCUACACCGAGAAACCCUUACGACCUGCAUUUUAUCCGUGAAGGGCACAGGUACAAGUUUGUCAACAUUCAGACCAAGACUGUGGUGGUUUGUUGCGUGCUUCGUGGCAACAAAAUUAUUCCCAUGCAUUUUCCCUUGCACUUGACGCUUCCAAAAUUUACGCUACCUGACAGUCUUGUGAAGGGGGAGCUGUGGCACGAAUCCCUCAUCCAGCACUGGUUUAAUAUAUGCCAGGAACAGUUUGACAUAGACGAGUAUUCCCGUGCCGUGCGCGAUGUGAAAGCUGACUGGAACGAAGACUGCAAGAGCCCGAAGAAAAGCCGGUGCAGCGGGCACGCUCACGUGCCCAACUCCCUCAGCUACGCGCGGGAUGAGCUCACGCAGUCCUUCCACCGGCUGUCGGUGUGCGUCUACGGAAACAACCUGCACGGCAACAGCGAGGUAAACCUGCACGGCUGCAGGGAUCUGUGUAACGAAUGGGCCCUCUUUUCUCACGAUGCUCUUCAGUACCAGGAUUCUGGGGACAGUAGCAGCGACUAUCUUUUUCCUGAGGUUAGCGAGGAAUCGAUGUUUCUGCCUACGAAACCAGAACUUCCUUACGAAGAGCUGUGGUUGGACCAAGGCUCUGGAAAGCCUGGAGAGCAGCCUCUCAUUCGCUCGCUAAGUGAGAAGAGCAAAUGUGACAAUUACAGAGGGUCUUUCCGAUCAAAGUGUGGUACUGCAUCUCUUCCUGUGCCUGGGACCGUCGGAGCAACAACAAAGUCUUCGGAUGUUUCCCUACCUCCACCUCCAGUGCCUCCCAAAUCUGAAGCAGUGAAGGAGGAAUGCAGGCUCCUGAAUGCUCCCCCUGUCCCACCACGGAGUUCAAAGCCAUCCUCCACCAGCCCUUCCAUCCCUCCUCGCACAGUCAAACCCGCACGACAACAGACCCGCUCUCCCAGCCCUACUCUGUCCUACUAUUCUUCAGGACUGCACAACAUCAAUGUCACAGAGAGCGACAACGCGAACCCAGCCGAGAGCAGCACACCUGUUUCCUGCUACCCUUGUACCAUGAUGAAAACCGAAUCCAAAGAGCCUGAGAACACGAUGCCUUUUGGAAGCCCUUCAACUGAAGCUCUGCCUUCUAGGUUAUCUUGGCCAAACCAUUUUUCGGGAACUGCGGAGGGCCUGAAUAGGAGCGAUUUCCUGCUCGAUCCCAGCAGGAGCUACAGUUACCCCAGACAGAAGACUCCAGGCACGCCAAAGAGAAACUGUCCAGCACCUUUGACUUUUGACUUCGAUGGGUGUGAGCUCCCUGCGGGGUACUCCCAGCUGACCCCAGCAGAGCUCACUAACACCAUCUCCAGCUGUCCAAAGUCAGCAAGUUACUCUCUAGACUGCACUGAUGAGAAAACUCUGGGAGUCAGCAACACAAAGCAGAGUCACUCAUGUCCUGCCUUACCUCCUCGGGCACCGAAGCCGAGCGAAGAGAAACCAGUUACAGACAUGGGUCCCUUGCCACUAAAAAUAGAUGGUGCCGAGGAGGAAUCGAAAACUGGUUCUCCGGACCUCUUGGAAGAUCAGUAUCUCGUUAAAAAGGGCAUGCAGGAUACAUUCUCUGUGUCCUAUCCCUUCUCGUCUCCCCUCCACCUCCAGUUAGCACCAAGGUCUUGCGGGGAUGGUUCUCCCUGGCAGCCACCCACAGACCUUUCUGGACUCUCGAUAGAGGAAGUGUCUAAAUCGCUGAGGUUCAUUGGUCUGUCAGAAGAUGUCAUAUCAUUUUUUGUUACAGAGAAGAUUGAUGGCAAUUUACUGGUUCAGCUUACAGAAGAAAUCCUGUCAGAAGACUUUAAACUAAGCAAAUUGCAGGUGAAGAAAAUACUGCAGUUCAUUAACGGCUGGCGGCCCAAGAUGUGAUGCUGACUAGUUUUUAGUGGAACUGUACGAGAUGUGCUAGAUGCACUUCAGCUCAUACAUCACUUCCUGUUUUUUGCACUAAAAGCCCUUCCUGUAAAUAGUAGUGGAAAAAUUCUUACUAUGCAGAUAAAAGUUUUUGAGUGGUGAACGGAUUUUUUUUUUUUGUAUGUCAAUAAUAAAGGUAGAGAAUCUGCAGAGGUGUGCCUUGUGCAUCCCUGAACAUUCAACAGCUGCUAAAAACUGGACACUAAGGGAACUUACUCUGUAGUCUGUUAAGACUUACUCGUAUUUAUUACUGAACAAUAUGAUGCUGAAAGACACAUACCAAUCCAGUUUACAGUUUUGUGUUAACUGCAAAAAAAUGUAUUUCUUACGGGAUUAUUUCUGUUCAAAUAAUAUUUGGCAACAUGCUGUGACUUUUUUCCUUUUCUGUUAACAAAAAGCAUGUUCAGAUAUACAAAAACAUGGUUUUGACACUACAUCUGAAAAUGUUAAGAAUUGCUGUGAAGUGCCACUAAUACACUACUCUUGCAGCAUAUUUUUAUUAACAGUAUCUUCCUGACUACCUGUAAUGUGGGUAUGUUUUCCAUGUUACUUUGAACAAAAAGAGUUAAAUGUUUAAAAAGAAAAGUCUUGCUUAGCUCAGUGCCCAAAGGGGAGGGAGAAGGGGGAUUUUCCUACUGAGCCACUCUGCCCUGGCCAAUUAAAAGUUUAUGACCUGUGGAUUUCAAAAGUUGCUUUUGUAGUCAGAUGGCUGCAGUCAGCAGCACAACUUCGGGUCGUGCAGCUUUCUCAUGGGAAAGGCAGUCCCCUGCACAGACCCUUCCCAGCAGAUCCUGCCCCUCGCAGCUGCCAGCACAUCCAUCAGAGGAGCCUGUUAGCGCGGCCCUUCCAUUUGUCUUGCUGUGGCCAAAGGAAACCUGUUACGUUUCCUCUGCUGGUGUUACGACCAUCUGAAAAUGUGCUCCAUGUGCCGUGCUAUUCCUGGAGUCGGAUCUGUGUGGGAAGGUGAUAGUACUCCUGUAGGAUGCCUUUGAAAUAAAACGUUGGUGAGGUAGGAAGGAACAGAAGCAGUACAUGCCACGCUGAUAAGAGGGGGCCAAGUGAGAGCUUGGGCCAUGCCUCGGGAAAUGCUUGUGAUGUUCACCUGUCUUACUUGCAGUGGACUGGGAGAACAUGGGUGUCAAAGGACUGUAGCAUCAUUAAGACGUGCUAACUCAAUUGCCCAGGUGCAAAAAUUUGUCUGUUGGUGCCACACAGAAGCAGCAGUCAGAAGUGAGGGCAGACAUGGAAAGGGGGUAUGAGGCUGCCCCUGGAGACCUUCUGAAUUUACGUGCAGAAGGCUAGAAAUAGGAUUGACUUUUGAUAAUCUGUUGCUGACAUCCUGUGGUUGGCAGAGCUCUCAGAAACAUGUCUAAAUAACCUCAGAACCCCAGGAUCCCCUGCGGAUCCCCUGCCUUUGUAGUACUGAAGGCAAGGAUUUGUGGAGGCCCUCAGGAAAGUCUGCAGAGUCCAUCUUCUGCAGCUGCAUGUCCCGGGUCCUCAGGGGUCAGAGCCAGGGAAGCUGGAGCAGCUUCACCUUGCUCUGGCUCCGUCACCCGCUGCAGAUCAGAGCCCUGACUGGGGUGACAUCAUCACCUGCCUUUCUUGUUUGGAAGGACAAAGAAUCUCUCUUCCUUCCAGGGCACGUAGUGGGAGCGUCAAGAGAAAAUAGAGUGCAGGGACAAAAAAGACAGUCUCAUUUUGCCUGUUUUCUCAAUUAUAUGGACUCAUUAAAACAAAUGUGGAGCAAGUGGAGCUUUCUGUUGCCUGGGCAAAUUUCAUGUCAUGUCUCCAUGCCGAAGCCAAGAUGCAUCAUUUGUCUUGCAAUAAUGCAAACCACCAGUUCCCAAGCAGAGAAUAAAGCGCAACUGGAUGUGGGUACUAGGAGGCAGUGAGCCAAAAUCUAUCCCAAUAGAAAAACCCCAAGAGUUCAUAAUCUUAAUCUUUUUGUUAAUGUAUUGACUUUUAGCAACGGAUCGAUAGCUUUUUCUGGAUGCUUUUUAAUUAGUGUCCUAAAAUAUUUUAACUGCAAUUAAGACUAAGUCAAAUUCAAGUACUGUUCUGUUGUGUGUGCUUGUUGGUAGGCACACGCAAGUUAAAGUCGAUUGUGUUUUUAACCCUCACUAUGUCAAAUGAACAUUCAAAUCCAAAGGGGCCAGAUUUUAAAUACCAGGUACCUCUGUUUUCCUUGGCUUGUUAAUUCUGGGUAAAAAAGUAAAAGCUCUCUCUGGGAUUGUAGUCUUGAUAAUAUUAAAUACUUCAAAUGGCCUCAGGAAAUUGUCAUCCCUGAGAAAACAAUGAUCCUUGGCUACAGAUGGUUACCUAUCAUUAUCUGUGCUUGCCUGCUUAGGAUGUUUUUUUCUUGAGAGAAAAAAAAAAAAAAGCCUGGUGGAAUCCGCAUUCAUGAGUUUGCUGCAUUGACAUCCUGUAUCCAUAGACCAAAAUAAAGCUUGCCUGUAGAAAGGCACAGAAGUGUACCAGGAUUUCAGAAGCAGAUGCAAGGUACACAACUACAGCUGAAACCUCUAAUUGCACACUUGCUAUCGAUGUCCUCCCAGCAGUCUUGUUCUGGCUUGGCACUGCAUACUUAUUUUUAUGCAUAGUAUGUUAGCAUUUGACCUUUACUGUGGCCCUGAGCAGCCCAUCACCUUAACUUUCCAAACCUUUUAAAGCGAUUUAGGUGUUCCCAACCUAAUUGUGUUGUGUGAAUGAUGGGACUGCAGCAUCGAGCCACCUGCACAAAUGCCCAGGCAGGACUGAAGCUUCUGUUCUGGUGCCUUUGGUACUGUAAAAGGUAGCCUGAAUACAGCAGACCGAUGUAACCACAUCAGUCCCACAGCAAGUCCCUGGCAUUAAGGAGAAGGUGACACUUGUGAAAUGGGAGAGGAGUGGAGGAGUCCUUCAGGCCGUGGCAGAGAUGCACGCAGUCUCUUUAUAGAGGUGGGGUGUAAAACCUGGAGACCUCAACCUAUAAAAGGUACAAAAUGCUGCACUACUUACGGUACUUCAAGAUGGAAAGGCACUUCAGUGUUCCCACUGUGGUUAGAAAGAUCUGCAGGCUCUGAGGAGUAUCCCUGUGGUACGGACUUUCCACCAGCUGAUGCGAGUAGAGGAGACAGCACUCCAUGUUUGAUCGGACUUGCCUUCACUGAUUUUAGUGUUGGACGCAUUGUGUUGGUUGUAGCUGGUCUGCUUCCCAGUUCCCCACGUGCCUUUAAGGGCGCUCGUUGUGAUUUUAGAGACAUUUAACGAUUUGUGCACUCAUGCAAGUUACUGACGCGUUUUGAGCCUAAACAAGAUGCAGGUUGUGGCCCCAUUGGUGUUUAACCUGAAUAACGCACUCAGCCAGGUCUGUGCUCUGAACACAAGUUCGUAACUGUAUUAAAGACUCCAGUUUGUCACUGGCAAGUGGUACAAGCUCUGUCCCUAGCCAUCCAAGUGGUCUGUGACUCGCCUCAAAGACCAGCAGUGCUUCUGGCUUACAUCUGUGCCAAUAACCCGAGCGGUACCCUCGUGGCAGCCGCUCGCUGUUGAGGUGCUGACGUGGGCUCCUGCACGGCUUUGGUGCGAGCCCACCAGCCCACACACGGGGUGAUCCUGGGCAGCACAGCCCCGGGGCUGGCAGUCACUGGUCCCUGGGGGCAAGUCCUGCUGUGGAGAGUGGGGAGUUCAACCAGGUUGUUGGGAGCUGUGCUGGGUGUCCUCGGGGUCCAAAAGUGGGCUCUGGCCUGUUUUGUCUGCUAGUAGAGGUGUAGCCAUUGUGUUCAGAGAAAGCUUGUCAUGCCACAGUGGGCUGAAAAACCCUUAUGUUUUAGAGACACCCUGCUAAAAUAGGCCAGUCCUAACUUUGGAUUGCUUUCCUCCUUUUAAAUAAAUGCAAGGCCUCUGGUGCUUAUUUCGUUAGUGGUGUCUGAAGUUGUGUGUUACUGUCAGGGUUCUUGUUUGUCUGGGGGUUUUGGUCGCAAAAAUUCUGGCCUGUUGUUAUGUAAGGAGAUGUCUCUUUAUCCCACACCAGGAAACACAUCCUUUCUAUGCAACAUUCUUGUGGCACAAGUACUGAUGUUGCCUUCAGCUGCAAAAGCUAGAUUCUAGCAAAGGGGCUUUUCUGGAGUGGAAACAGAAUGGGCAAGGGAAGGGACGGGGAGAAAAUUUGAGGGGAAAUGCUUGUUUCCUUUAAACACUCGUGCCUAGGAUUAAGAUUCUUCGUAUUGCUGCCUGUCUGGCUAACCAAAGUUAUAUUGACAUCAACUCAAAAUGCCUAUUUGCAUUCUUGCUGUAUUGUGCAAAUUGCCUACGGCUAGAAAUUUAGAGACAGAAAACAUUUGGUCCAUCAAAAUUAGAAGGAAAAUGUAUUUUGAGGUGUUCUUGCAGCUAGAAGCAAGGGUUUGAAAUAAAUGUGUAUCACACUUUUUUUUUUUGCAAAACAACAGUUUUAUUUGCCAUUUUAAUUGACUUUAUUCCACAACAGUUUCAAGAAAAACAGUGUAAAUAGCAAUACUGUUUCAAAACAGCAUAUUUCCAUUCUGUCUGUAAAUACUUGAAGUGUUUUCUCCUCUGUCUUCUUGAAUCAACUCCUCGACUGCCUCCCCGCUACACAAAGCCUGCUGGCACCAGUUCCUUGCGUGCAGGGGGAGAGCAGAGGCUGUAUGUGCUCGGUGGGGUGCCCGUGGGCCAGGCUGCCUAAAAUCCAAGCACCAGCCACCUGGGGAAGGACAAGGGCUUAGCCCUGCUCUCCUGGCUUGUCUCUUUGAUGCUCUGCAAGCUGCAGCGUUCCCACGUGCGAACUGGAAGGUACCAAUGAAAUCUUAAUCGAAGCAAGGGAUUGUCCAUUUUAUUUGCGGUGUUAGGGAUGUCAGGGCAGUAAGGAAAUUCAGGCCCCUUGUCGAGACCUAGCAAUAAAUGACUCUUUCUUUGUUAUGUCUUAAGCUUCUAAUAAUCUGGAAGUUGCUCAGACUUUACUGUUUCUGUGCAUAAUAACCAAAUUUUCAGAGCAAAAAUCUGCAGAGUGAUUCUCUUGACUUGGACAAUCUUCUGAAUUAUAUUAAAAUUAUCUGUUAGUUCUUAGUUCUUUAGAUUCACUUUGGGUAGGUCAAAAAAAGUAACAUUUGGGAAAGAAAAAAAAAAAAAGGAACAAAAAGAAAAGAGAGAGAAAGCCCCAAAACUUCAGCUUAGUACAUUUCCGUUAUAAAACAAAGCAUGGUUUUUGUGGAAUUCUGUGCUGUUUUGGGCUUUUGUGUAAAAGGCUGAAGGCAGAUUAUUAUUUAAACCAGGUGCAAAUAAAUAUCCCUGUAAUGUAUAUGAACAAAUUUAAACCGUGUAUUGUAAGUAUAUAAACUGUAUAUUAAAGACGCUAUUUUCAUGAUACUUUAAA